UUGGAGCAUUCGUUGUCUCUCUCUGAUUGUUGGAUAACAUCGCGAGAAUAGUUGACGUUACAGAAAAUGUGUAAUAAUGAAGUUUUUAUAAAUCGUUUAUGAAUUUUCCACCGUUAACUGUUGCGUGAACGAAGCAUCAUCAGCUCCACAAUGUGGGAAAAUUUUAUAGACAACAGUGCAGGAUGGAGAAAAUUGAUCAUCUUCGUAAUUCUAGCGCUAGCCUGGGUCGCCGGAUUUUCUUCCCGGCUCUUCGCUGUCAUUCGAUUUGAAAGCAUCAUUCACGAAUUCGAUCCAUGGUUUAAUUACAGAGCAACAGCGUACAUGGUCGAACAUGGAUUCUACAAAUUUCUCAAUUGGUUCGACGAAAGAGCUUGGUAUCCUCUGGGACGUAUUGUUGGCGGUACCGUGUACCCUGGUUUGAUGAUUACGUCUGGAAGCAUUCACUAUAUACUGCAUUCGCUCAAUAUUCCUAUCCAUAUUCGGGAUAUAUGCGUAUUUUUAGCUCCUGUGUUUAGUGGAUUCACAUCUAUUGCCACGUACUUCUUGACAAAAGAAUUAUGGUCCGAAGGCGCCGGAUUGUUUGCUGCCUGUUUCAUAGCUAUCGUACCUGGUUACAUUAGUCGAUCCGUAGCCGGAAGUUAUGAUAACGAAGGAAUUGCUAUUUUUGCAUUGCAGUUCACGUAUUAUUUAUGGGUCAAAUCUGUCAGUACUGGUUCCGUUUUUUGGUCAAUUUUAACUGCUUUGUCGUAUUUUUAUAUGGUCUCCGCAUGGGGUGGUUACGUUUUCAUCACGAAUCUCAUUCCAUUACAUUGUUUUGUAUUACUAUUGAUGGGACGUUAUUCGCACCGACUUUUCAUCAGUUAUACGGUGUUCUACAUUGUAGGAUUAGUAAUGAGUAUGCAAAUUCCAUUCGUCGGAUUUCAACCUAUUAGAACAAGCGAGCAUAUGGCAGCUUUAGGCGUAUUCGUGUUGAUGAUCGCAAUCUCUGCUUUGAAAUAUCUUAGCUCGAAAAUAACUAAAGCAGAAUUCACGUUUUUAUUCAAACUAGGAAUGGUUGUCGCCGCAUCGGGUGUAUUUCUAAGCGUCGUCGUUCUCACAUACAGCGGAGUUGUUGCUCCGUGGAGCGGAAGAUUUUACUCAUUAUGGGAUACAACUUAUGCGAAAAUUCAUAUUCCUAUUAUCGCAUCGGUAUCCGAGCAUCAGCCUACGACAUGGUUCUCAUUCUUUUUCGAUCUGCACAUGUUAGUCGCCAUGUUUCCUGUGGGGUUAUGGUAUUGUUUGAAAGAUCUCACCGAUACCAGAGUAUUUGUCGUACUAUACGUCAUCAGCGCUGUUUAUUUUGCCGGUGUCAUGGUACGUUUAAUGUUAACAUUGACCCCGGUUGUAUGCGUUCUGAGUGGUAUCGCAUUCUCGUUAAUUUUUGACUGUCAUAUGAAAGAGGAAGAAACCACCAUACGAGAAAUCGAAGAAGAAAACGAAAAACGAAAAUUAACCGCUGAUAAACCGAAAGGAUCUUCUAAGAAGAGCAAAACUACUCCCGAUUCACCUUUGAGAUACGAAGGUGAUAAUUUAGGCGUGAAUAUUCGUUGUAUCAUUAUCGUGGCGACUGUGUUGUUGUUAAUGUUGUUCGCUGCUCAUUGCACGUGGGUUACCAGUAACGCUUAUUCUAGUCCCAGUAUUGUCUUAGCUUCAUAUUCGAGCGAUGGGUCGCGUCAGAUUUUAGAUGAUUUCAGAGAAGCGUAUUUUUGGUUGUCUCGUAAUACCGAUUCGAAUGCCAGAAUUAUGAGUUGGUGGGAUUAUGGGUACCAGAUAGCUGGUAUGGCAAAUCGGACCACUCUAGUGGAUAAUAAUACGUGGAAUAAUAGUCAUAUUGCUCUCGUUGGUAAAGCAAUGGCUUCGCCGGAACCAGAAGCUUAUAAAAUAAUGACCGCGUUAGAUGUUGACUACGUAUUGGUUAUCUUUGGCGGAGUCAUCGGGUAUUCUGGAGACGAUAUUAAUAAAUUCUUAUGGAUGGUCAGAAUAGCCGAAGGUGAACAUCCAAAGGAUAUUCGCGAAGGUGAUUACUUUACUGAACGAGGAGAAUUCAGAAUUGACAGUGAAGGUUCGCCAGUUCUACUCAACUGCCUUAUGUACAAACUGAGCUAUUACAACUUCGGUGACCUGAAGUUGGAUUAUCGAUCGCCGGCCGGAUUUGAUCGCACUAGAAAUGCUGUGAUAGGUAAUAGAAAUUUCCAAUUAACGUUUUUGGAAGAAGCUUAUACAACAGAACACUGGCUCGUUAGAAUUUAUCGAGUGAAAAAACCAAACGAAUUCAAUAGACCAAGAAUUCCUGUCUCGAAUAGGAAAAUCAGUAUACCGCAUUCGUUCGUUUCAAAAAAGACCACAUCGAAAAAGAAAGGAACCAUUAGAGAUAAACCGGUAAAGGUGAAAGGAAAAAAAGUAACACAAUAAGCUCUGUAAAUUAAUCAACUCAAUGGACUGUUUUUUCUCUGACGUUACAUUUUGUUAUUGGUGUUUGCAUGUGUGUUGAUUUUUUUUUUUUUUUUACCACGAAUGUUUCUUACAUGGAUGUAGUUGUUACGGAGGUUAAUUAAUUCCCUGGAUAAGAGAACAUAUAUUUAUGAAUUCUCGUUUCUUGGUUCACUGCAUUUAUAAAAUAUAAAGUCUAACAAAUGCUUGAUCAAUAUUUCGCUUCAUUUCGUAUUCGUAAACGAUUUGCUUUCAUUAUUUCUAGUGGUCCGUCCUCGUACUUUUUCAAAGUACGCGUUCAUUUUAUGAACUAGGAUGAUAAUACUUAAAAAAAAUUGAGGGAAUUUGUGAUGCGAAUUUGUACGUUUGUAUUUAUGUAUUAAGAUCUCAUGUUUAGGUUUAUUUUCAUUGCACGUUCUCAACACUAGGUACUUCAACACUCGAGUUUCAAGAGCGUGUUCUUUAUAAAUAGCAAAGCAAGAUAAAACUUAGGUUGCAAUAUUGAAUUUGUUAAUCGUUAAAAUUAUUAUUUAUUUGUUACCAUUACUUCAAGAUUCUUCAUUAGCCAAAUUUCAAAUAUUGAUAAAAAUACAGUUAUAUUGAAAAAUACGCGUAGCUUACCACCUUUAUAUACUAUAAUUUUUUUAUGUUUAAGAAGUUUUGCAUAAAUUGCAUUGUAACUGAAAUUUUGUAUUAUAUCAAGAGUUUCGAUAUUCUUGACUAGGAUGAUUCUAGGAUGUAUUUUAAUAAGAAAUAGUACCUAAUUGAAAUUUUUUCACAACAGAUAAUCAUCUCUUAUUUUUGUGGCCUAUGUUCUUAGCAAUGUUUAAAAUUCGUUGAAAAUGUAUUAUUUAUAAUUUUCUCUUUGUCAAUGUUAAUAUCUAUGUUUAUGGUUUUAUGUCUUAUAUAAGAAACUGUGAUUUUCGUAAAACGGUUAAUACAUUUUUUAUUGAUACAAGAA